CUUGUAGACUUACAACCUUAGUUGUGCUACACCCGCCAUGACUUCUGCUCUGUUAAGCAGCAUACACCACCACCUCCCUAACGAACUCACACUCCUGGUCAUUGAUCACCUCUCUGGUGACAACCAAGCGUUGUGUAACCUUGCGCGAACAUGUCGCGGCCUUCAACAUCUUGCUGAAGAGCAGCUCUACAAGACGAUUGAACUCCUCUCGGUCAACAACCUGCACAAAAUCAUUCAAGCGUUUAAGUGCCGCAAUGAACGUGUCCGAGCUGUUCAAACUCUCAAGAUCCUGUACAGGCAUGUACCCGAACAUCUGGAGGAUAGCCUAGGGGCAAGGAUAGUCUUCAAUGACUGUGUAGCGCAAAUGGUUCAUUUGAGGGAAUGGCAUAUCGAAUCACCCUAUGAUAACUUCAACUGGGGAACGGGCGGACAUGAGUGGGUCGAGCAGGACAUGAAAAGCUUCAGAGUCGUGCUCGAGAAGUCGUGUGUGGAAGGUCCUGUAGAGGAAGCUCGACUCAUGCAGGAGCGGCGGCUGGGCAACAAUGUCCAUCGAACGGUUGCAUUGGGGCUUCUGCAAUCGCUCACUAUCCACUCACAUGGUGCACACGCAGAUUUCUGGACGCUUGACGGCUUUCACUGUCUUUUCCGCCACCCCAGUCUUCGCUUUCUUCACGUCUCCUGCGUGACAUUCCCUGAGGACUUGCCUGAACUGGAGACGCACGUCAAGAAGACGCCUCUUACGACACUCGAAUUCAACGAGUGUGAGCUGAAACCGAAAAGUCUUUUGCGCAUAUUGCGCACCCCAGAACACCUCAAGCAUUUAACACUCGGAGAGAACGUAUUUAAUAUCAACACAACGACGCGGCUCGCACCUCAACUCACAAGGCAUGCCAACGCCUCUCUGGAAGCUCUCUCAGCAGUCGCCCACUCGCUGGAGACUCUCAAGCAUUAUGACCCCAGUUGGCGGAUCGAUCCCGAUCACCGUACGUGUCGCAUACGUCCCACCGGUGACGGGAUGCGUAAUUUCCAUGCCUUCAAAUCUUUGGAGUGCGACACAGGCUCGUUUCUCCAUCAAGCGAUCAUUAUGAACUACGAACUCGCUCCACCAAACUUAGACACUCUCCGAGUUCGUCGACACUGGAGUGUUUUCCCCGACUUGUUCGAUCAACUUCCUCAGGUCGAAACAUAUCUCGCGCUACCAUCCCUCAAGACGUUGGAGUUCCUCCAGUCUUCUUUUCUGCAAAGUCCCACCCUGAGCCUUGUUCGUCUCUGCGACCCUGACAGUCUGCGAAGUCGCCACGCGUACGGUUACAAGUUGUACAAGAAAGGCAUCAAUCUAAAAGUAUCAAUAGAGAUGCACAAAACACAAUCUCUGAUACCACCCUACCUGCAUGGCGAACAGGUGCCGAUAAAUCAAUGUUUGUAUGAUGCUGAUUUGGUUGGCUUCCAUCGACAUAUCAAGAACGAUACCGAACCCGUUGUUAACACCAGAUUCCGUCCUCUCCGGGAGUUGUUGGCCGAUAACGAUAUCGAAGAACACUUCCCUCAUGCGCAUAUUGCGCCUCCAGAGAUCACAGAAACACAAGUAGACGACAUGGACACAAGAGGGAAUCCACCCGAGACCGAUCAACUAGGCGACGGUGAUAUACAACGUCUAAACGGUGAAACAUAUCGCGCCAUGGGCCAGUUGAGGCGCAUGUUCCUUAUAGCGGGAACGAUGACGUUUAGCGUGAGUCUCUCUGAUACAGACGAGACCUCGAGUAGCGAUGAUUCUGAUGAACUUGAUGAUUUGAUAUUCGUGGCAACAAACGACGAUGCAGAAUGGGAAACGGAAAGCGAGGGCGAGGAUGAGGGCGAGGAUGAGGGCGAGGGAGAGGAUAUUGACAUUGAGGAUUCGGAUGGCGACUCGGCGAAUUCUGACGGCGACUUGCAGGUCGACAACGAUUUGGACUGA